AUUUCUUUAACCAGACCAACAAUCAGACCUCCACUGAGAGAGAGAGAGGGGGCAAUUAUCUUCACAACACACCCCUCUCCCUCUUCUUCUUCCUCUCCAAUUCCUAACUUUUAACUGAUUUUUUUAUUCUUUUCAAAAAAAAAAAAUUCAUAUUAUUGAUGAUUCUCUUUGCAUUCCGCUAAUUUCCCCUUGUUUUUGAUGCGACGAUCGCAUGCCCGUACACGGAUCGAUUCCAAACCCGACAAAAUGGAUCCAAUCAAGCUCCAUAUUCGACCCACCGCUAGAUCCACCAAUCUCUUCUCCCGAACUCCGAAGAACACCAAAUCAAACCUCCUUUUUACCCUCACCGUCGCUCUAACCUCUGCUUUUUUCACUAUAAUUCCCUGCUAUUACUUAUUCUUCUACACCCACAAAACCGCAAAUCCCAAUUCGGUCAAAUACGGCGUCGUUAUUGACGGAGGGAGUACGGGCACCAGAAUCCAUGUUUUCAGUUACAGAAGAGAGAGCAACGAGUUUGAUUUUGAGUUAGGAAACAUGAGGGUAAAUCCGGGAUUAUCUUCGUAUGCAGAGAAUCCGGAGUUUGCGGGGGAGUCGUUGAAACAGUUGAUCGAUUUCGGGAAGGGGAAAGUGCCCGCCGGGCUUUGGGAUGAAACCGAAAUAAGGUUAAUGGCGACGGCCGGGUUGCGUCUACUGGAUUUGAAGGUUCAAGAAAAGAUUUUGAGGGCCUGUAGGGAAGUGCUUAGGGCAUCUGGCUUUAUGUUCAGAGAUGAAUGGGCCACGGUCAUUACAGGUUCUGAUGAGGGUGUUUAUGCUUGGGUUGUUGCAAACUAUGCACUUGGUAGUCUUGGAGGUGAUCCUCUGAAAACAACUGGAAUUAUUGAACUUGGGGGUGCUUCUGCGCAGGUAACCUUUGUUUCAAAUGAACCUAUGCCUCCUGAGUUUUCACGUACUAUUAAAUUUGGGAAUGCCACUUACAAUCUCUACAGCCACAGUUUUCUUCAUUUUGGCCAGAAUGUUGCAUUUGAAUCAUUGAAGGAAUUAAUCACCUCAGGUGGCUUUAACUCGGCUGUAGGGUCACUGCAGAAGAGAGUACAUAUAGAUCCUUGCUCUCCUAAAGGAUACUCCCAUGAUAUGGAAUCAUGGAAGCUCUCAGCAGAUUCUUCGGAUGAAAAUAAUGAAUAUUUGUCCACACUUCAAGCUGGGGGUAACUUUUCAGAAUGUAGAUCUGCUGCAUUAAUGCUGUUACAAAAAGGAAAAGACAAAUGCUCCUAUAAAAGCUGCUAUUUGGGAUCAACUUUCAUGCCUAAGCUUCAGGGAACAUUUUUGGCCACGGAAAAUUUCUUCCAUACGUCAAAGUUCUUCAGGUUGCGUGAAAGGGCAUUUCUUUCUGAUUUGCUGAUAGCUGGAGAACAAUUUUGUGGAGAGGAUUGGUCAAAGUUGAAGAACAAGUAUCCAUCACUUGAUGAGGAUCUGAUGCGCUAUUGCUUCUCAUCUGCAUAUAUUGUUGCUUUACUGCAUGACAGUCUUGGAAUUGCAUUGGAUGAUGAAAGGAUUGGGUAUGGAAAUCAUGUGGGAAAUAUCCCACUUGAUUGGGCGCUGGGAGCUUUCAUCCUGCAGAGCACAUCAGAUUUGGAUGUACAUAACUCUGGCUGGAUUGGCACCAUUAUUAGUGAUGACUCACCUACACUGCUCUCCCUGAUUGCCAUUUCUAUACUAUUAAUGUUUAUAGCAUGGUCUGUAUCAAAAUGGAGGAAACCCCAAUUAAAGACAAUUUAUGAUCUAGAAAAAGGGAGGUAUAUAGUUAGUCGUGUUAGUAGGUGAUAACAUUUAUCCGAAGUGAUGAACGAAUUCCCUCGGUCUUGCAGAUGAGGAAGUGAUAAGUCAAAGGUGGGAGCCAUGUAAUUAUAGUACUUAUAAAAUUUGUAUGAUUCCUUAAUUUGCUGGCGAAAGUCACCCACUUAAUGCUGCGAUUGUGCUGGAAAUAUGACUGUAUGGAGUGGGGUUUUCAGCACAGAAUGAUGUAGUGUAACAUUAAUGUGGGGAAAUAGGUUAGAAGAUUGUAAUCCCAUUUUGUAUUUAGCGGGAAUACAGAUGUCGGUUUAUUGACCACAUGCUUCCGCAUUAAGAAGCAAACCUGUGGGAAAGUAUAUUACAGUUUGGGAGAGAAUCCAGAUGUUUGUAUGACUGACUUAAUGAUAUUGGAGGUGUGUUUUCAGUUUGCAAUU